AUGGAGCUUCUUGAUCCCGCCACCGGCAGGCCCUUGCCCGCCGACGCCAUCCAGCGCGUGCUCUUCAUCGCCGAAAAGGUGCACGUCUACAGCAUCCCUCCCAUGGCGUCGAUGCGCGGCCACGUCGCCGCCUCUUGGACUACGGAUCCCUCGCGGCAAAUCUUUUCCGCCCGGAUCCGCGUCAUUGAGACAUCUUACGAUUCUUCUCCUUCUUCUUCUUCUUCCUCUCAGCUCAAAGUCGACACCGUACUAGAAGACCCCGCGACCGGCCAGCUCUUUGCCGCCUCGCCGUACGCGGACCCCGCGGCCGUCGACCCCGCAACCGACAGCUCCCGCUUCUUUGCGCUGACGGUGCGAGAUGAAGCAGGGCGCAAGGCCGUGCUGGGUAUUGGGUUUGAGGAGCGGCCCGAGGCGUUUGAUUUUGCUGUUGCGUUGCAAGAAGCGCGCAAGGCGCUGGGCUGGGAAGCGGCGGCGGCGGCGGUCGGCGGCGGUGGUGGUGGUAAUGGGCAACGGGCCGGAAGAGGAGGACAAGAGGAUAACAAGAUGGCGGCGGAGGCGGGGGGUGAUCCGCCGAAAGAUUAUAGCUUGAAGGAGGGUGAGACCAUUACCAUCAACAUUGGUGGCAAGUUUGGCCGCAGAAGACAACAGCAGCAGCAACAGGAGGCAGAGGGGAACAAGUCGGGCGCGAGCUUGCAGUCUUUUGCCCUGGCGCCUCCCCCAUCAUCAUCAUCAUCAUCAUUAUCAUCAUCAUCAUUGUCGUCGUCAUCGGCAGCGGCGGGCAGGCCUGAAGGAAGCACCAACAGCGUCGUGGGCGGUGACGGGGGGUUCGCGCUGCCGCCGCCGCCGAGCGCCCAGGAUGUAAAGUCGAAGCGCAGAUCGCUCAUGCAAAUGGGCUUUGACGAUGGUCAAUUCGGGGAAUUUGCAUGA